CUCUCCACCUUUUCCCACGUACUCUGCAAAUUCUCUUUCUCUCUCGUUCUCUUCCGCUUCGAGAUCCUUCGUUUCUCUUCCCAGUCUCCACACUAUGGUGCUCGAGGCGACAAUGAUCUGCAUCGACAACUCCGAGUGGAUGCGAAAUGGCGAUUACGCUCCGUCGAGAUUCAAAGCUCAAGCUGAUGCUGUCAAUUUCAUUUGUGGAGCUAAAACACAGUCUAAUCCGGAAAAUACAGUGGGAAUUCUCACAAUGGCGGGAAAAGGAGUUCGUGUUUUGGUCACUCCUACCAGCGAUCUCGGCAAGAUUCUAGCCUGUAAUCAUGGUCUAGAAAUAGGUGGUGAGAUGAACCUGGCUUCCGGCAUUCAGGUGGCACAGUUGGCCCUUAAACACCGCCAAAAUAAAAAACAGCAGCAACGAAUUAUUGUCUUUUGUGGAAGCCCUAUCAAACAUGAAAAAAAGUUGAUCGAAAUGAUUGGGAAGAAGUUAAAAAAGAACAGUGUAGCACUAGAUAUUAUCAAUUUUGGUGAACAAGAUGAUGGGAAGAUUGAGAAGCUGGAAGCACUUCUUGCUGCUGUGAACAAUAAUGAUACUAGCCACAUUGUCCAUGUUCCUACUGGUUCUAGUGCUCUCUCUGAUGUACUUGUAAAUACACCCAUCUUCACUGGAGAUGGAGAAGGUGGAAGCGGUUUUGCUGCAGCGGCGGCGGCAGCAGCAGCUGGUGGUCUCUCUGGUUUUGACUUUGGUGUGGAUCCCAACCUGGACCCUGAACUUGCCCUUGCUCUGAGAGUUUCAAUGGAAGAAGAGAGGGCUAGACAGGAAGCAGCUGCUAAAAAGGCAGCGGAGGAAGCUGCUAAACAGGAAAAAGGAGAGGGCCAGCCAUCUGGCACACAGGACGCAACGAUGGCGGAGCGUGCUAAUGUUGAAACGUCUGAAGUUGACAAUAAGGCAAAUGAUUUAAUGGAUGAUGAAAAUGCUCUGCUACAGCAGGCCCUUGCAAUGUCAAUGGAUGACCCUGACUCUGGCCAUGAAACGCGAGACACUGAUAUGUCUGAUGCAGCUGCAGAUGAUCCAGAGUUGGCACUAGCUCUUCAAUUGUCUGUGCAGGACGGUACAAAGGACUCAUCAAGCCAGUCAGAUAUGAGCAAGUUGUUGGCUGACCAGUCUUUUGUGUCUUCCAUUCUUGCAUCACUUCCAGGGGUUGAUCCAAAUGACCCAUCUGUGAAAAAUUUGCUUGAUUCAAUUCAAAGCCAGACUGGGGUGAGUGCAUCAAACUUCUCGUCCCAGCAGAAAAGUGAAGAAAAGGAACCAAAGGAGGAUGAAAAAUGACGAUUCUCAGGAGUUGCUUCUCCAACCAAGGCCGAAAGCUCUCACGUACUAUGCCAUAAGUCAUCAUCGUAAGGUGCAAAUCAAUGAUCAUAAUGUGUUUUGAGAGGGCUUUAGAGAAUAAGCACAUACAUUGUCAUGGCAAAGAAUGUGCGACAUUGAAAUGUAUUGCGGCCAUGUUUCUUCAAUAUAUUCCAUUUGAUUACCUAAAA